UCCAGUCAGUUACUUCUGGAAACAUGGAGGCUGUUGUGAGCGAUUUGGUAUCUCCCGAAGACCUUUUGAAAUUUGAGAAGAAGUACAAUGCUGAGAUGGUGAAGGGGGGCGUGUCAAAGGAGACCAAGUUUGAAUAUGCAUGGUGUCUGAUCCGGAGCAAGUAUUCCGACGACAUUAAGAAAGGAAUUGUUUUGUUGGAAGAGCUGGUUAACAAGGGAUCAAAGGACGAUGCCAGAGACUUCCUGUUCUACCUAGCUGUGGCCAACUACAGACUGAAGGAUUAUGAGAAAGCUCUAAAGUAUAUCCGCACUCUCCUGAAGAAUGAACCGGGCAACAACCAGGCCUUGGAGCUGGAGAAGCUCAUAGAUAAGGCUCUAAAAAAAGAUGGCUUUGUUGGCAUGGCAAUCGUCGGAGGAAUCUGCCUGGGUGUGGCAGGAUUAGCAGGCCUCAUUGGAUUGGCUGUGUCCAAGGGUCAUGGUCCAAGGUCCUAAUAUGGAGUGGGGAGGGCCUUAGCUUUGCUAACACAUCUCAAAGAAAGACUGACAUGCCCUCCUUAAACUUCUCCCCCAUAACAAAUUCAAAAUGGCUGCCGUUUCCCAAGAUGAGAAGACCACCCGUGGCUCUCCCAAAACAUUUCACUCAUAUUGUCCAUGGAAUAAUGUUUGGGGAUUGGUUUCUGAAAAUAGCCUUACAUUUACUUAAAUUGUCUUCAUAUUUUAACAGGUGUUUUUGAUUCCAGUGAAUUUGACAUGUAUAUUCAUACAGGGGUUUAACGUGGCACUUUGUCUUCCAUAUUAUACAUUGUAAAUAAGUGUGAUGGAACAUGUUACUGAAUGGCAUCUCUUGACUUACUGACCUCAGUAUGUUAGCAUGCAUCCUGAGCAUCCACUUUGAGUUAGCAUCUAAGCAUGCAGUGGACUGUAAUUAAUUUAUUUAUAAAAGUGCAAUGUUACUUCAAUUAUUGUUGUUGUCGUCAUUAAUUUAGACAGAGGAAGCAUUGGUGUUUAGGGAAGUGUCUUCUGUUUAGAGUUAGUAUUGCGGUAUAGGUUCAAAUCCAGUAACAGUGUGUCUGUAUUGUGUGGUGUAGUUGGUAAGAAUUAUGCAGCUGUGAUGUGGGUCACUCAUGUUGUCCACAGGGUGCGUCAUAUCUUAGGGAUAGGGUUAAGAUGAAUACCCAGACAGUGCAAGAGAGUAAAACAGCCCUUAGGAAAAGUUUUUAAUUGGUCUUUAAUUGGCAGUGUAGAUGCAAGAAAACAUGUAAAAAUAACAUUAUUUAUCCAUAAUAUAAACCCAUUUACUCAAGUUAUCUUAAUGGCAUGAUACUAACAGAUUUUGUGUUAUGAAUCAAAAUACCAAGACGUUUCAGCUAUUUAAUUUUUUUCUACAGUUUUGAUUGUAAAUAAAAAUGUUUCAAUUGA